AACACGUGAUUAUUGUCAGAAUUUCUGGUGAAGAGAGAGAGAGAGAGGAGAGAAAGGCCUUACUUUCUCGCUCUUGCCCUCAAUUUUGUGCCCUAUUUCCCAAAAAAUAGGUGUUUUUUUGGCUCUUCCAGUCUCCAAAAUUUGGGAUUCUUGGGCUAUAAACGGCGGAGAAGGUGAUUGCGCAGCCACAGUUUCAGAGAUUAGGGUUUUAGGGCAUUUGGUGUAUUUGCAGGCGCUGAUCGUUCUUGAAUUGAGGGUAUGUCUUCUGUGAUUUCCUGGUUUGAAAGGCGGUGAUCACAGUGAAAUUGCAGAGAAUCCAGGGAAUUAGGGCUUUCUCUGUUGUAUAAUAAGGCGGUGUUGAUCGCCUUGCAUUUGUAAAAAGGGUUUUGGCUUUGGAGUCAAUUUGGGGGAUAAAUGGAGGCAGAUUCAUGGACUGGUCGAUUCUCAGCAUCCAAACGCCAUCAAACCUCCAUCCAAACUCGUUCUGAUCUGCAUCUAAGCUUUGACGACACGGAUGGUGAAGAUGAGGUUAGAGCAGAAUUCCCAUGCCCUUUUUGCUCUGAGGUUUUUGACAUAGUGAGCUUGUGUUGUCAUAUUGAUGAUAAGCACUCUAUGGAGGCCAGAAAUGCGGUUUGCCCUGUUUGUGCGACAAGGGUAGGAAUGGAAAUGGUUGGACACAUAACUAUGCACCAUGGAAAUUUCUUCAAGAUGCAGCGUAGGAGAAGAUUCCGUAGAGGAUCAAUGCAAUCACAUUCAACACUUUCCUUUCUAAGCAAAGAACUGCAUGAGGGGCACCUACAAUCACUUCUUGGGGGAUCAACCUGCACGAUUGCUCCUUCAAAUACAGCUGCUGAUCCUUUGUUGUCAUCUUUUAUCUACAAUUUCCCAAUGUCAUGCACUACAACAAAAUCGGAGCCUCAGGUGCAGGUUGAAGGAAGUUCAUCCAAUACCAGUGCUGAGGAAAAUGUGGAAAGUGUGGAGGCUGCUCUGCCAGACGAGGAGCAACAAGAGAAGGCUCGCAGAUGUGAGUUUGUGCGUGAGCUGCUGCUCUCUACCAUUCUUGACGACGACGAUGCUUUAUGAGAGAGCAAGAGAGAGACCGACGCACCAUGAUGCCCCUUGGGUACGUUACGUGAUGAGAUAGAAACAUCCAUGCCCUCCCUCUCUCAUGACCUAAAGUAAGUGUUCAUAUGAUGAAUAGAUGGCUCUUGGUAAUUGGUGUCAUAAAAUAUCCAUAUACAGUUGAGAGAUGAGGGGGCAUGGCAUGCAUUUUUAUUAUUAUGUAUUAAGAUAUAUAAAUAGGUAGAUAGAUGUUAGGGAUGGAACUCAUUGCUUUCUUGUGCUACUGGGGAGGAGCAUACGGAAGAGAACCACUUUCUAUAUAUUUGAUUUGUGGCUCAGGCUUGGAUGGCCAAUGUCUCCCUUAUGUUUAGUAUUUUUAUAUAUAAAUAUCAUCUUAGUUGGAAGACAAAAA